AUGACUUUCCUUCCAAAGUGGUUAACUUUUCUAAAAGGUAAAGAGGUCAUUAUUGCUAAUGCAAUAAUUGCAAUAUUGACAAUUGGCGGGCAGCAACUUUUCUCUUUUUUCACAUUCAGCUGUCCCUGUCAUGUUGGACAGAACCUUAUCUAUGGGCUGGCUUUCCUAGGAGUGCCUGCACUUAUCCUUCUGAUUGUUGGCUAUGCCCUGAACAACCAGACUUGGAGGCUCGUUAUGGGCAAAAGUUCUCAUUUUGAGAGGGAGACUUCAUCAAACUGGCUGCUGAAAUGCAAACUGCUCUGCUUUGUCCUGUGCAGCAUCACGGGGAGGGCACUGGUUGCUCCAGUCACGUGGCUUGCAGUGACCCUGAUAAAUGGCUCCUAUUAUAUCUGUGCUGUGAGCGAGUACAUCCCUGUGCAUUACUAUGGAGCUGCUCCUAAUGUCACCGCUGCUGAGCGCAGCAGGAUAUUGGCUACCUUUCCCUGCGGGCAGCUGGUUCCUCCAGAGCUGAGCCGGGCGAGAGAUGAAGUGAUUCUCCUCCUCCGAUACCAGUCACAAGUGGCUGGCUGGCUUUUGAUUGCUGUGGUAGUCAUCACUGUGUUCCUUUCUUACUGCCUGGCAAGCUGUUUCUCCCCGCUCAGCUUUCUACACUUCAGAUACUGGAACAGCUAUGUCCACAAUGAGCAAGAGCUCUUCGAUGAGGCAACAGAGCAGCACUCCAGGCUCUAUGCCAUGCAGAAUGUAAGGAAGUUCUUUGGCUUUGUCCCAGGAAGUGAGACUGUAAAGGAAAUUCGUAUCCCAUCUCUCAGGGAGUGGCAGGCCAUUUCUGGACUGGCCUUUCUGAAACGAGUGGAUAAGGAGCACUAUGAUUACAGCCUCCUCCACGACUGGGCACUCAAGGAGCGUGCAAGCGGAAAGUAUCUGAGGAUUGAUGAAGACCCUGGGAUCAUAACACAGCUCUGAAGAUCCA